AUCAAGAUCACUCGCCACAUGUAAACACAAUUCUAGUCCUACGGUGUCACACGUGUGUGGCUGUGCGCCUCAUCCUUCCACAAACAAGGUGACAACUAGGAAUCCUCGCAGUAAAUGAGGUGAAAGAACGAUACUAUUGUAUUGCACCUUAAGAUUACUGAACUUCAGAAAGAAUAUGCUCAGCAAUAGAUGAUUGGUGACCAUAACAAUUACAAUUAUUAGAGAUAAAGAUCCAUUAGAACAAUUUUGUUUAAUCAAUGUAUCCACAAGGAAGUUCUCCAUGUAAUGGGACAGCUCUUGCCAACAAUAGGCAAGGGAUCUAUAAAAAGAAAAGAAAAAGAAAAUUCUUCCAAAUAAAUGAAGGUGCCACAAAUUCAUCCAUAGAACGUACUUCAGCAACCACAGGAAAGCUUGAUGAUAUGAAUCAAUCUGUCCAACCUAAAAAGAGAAGAAGAAAUAAGAAGAAAAAUACACCUGGAGGAGGCUCAGCAACAGAAGCUAUUAAACCAGUUCUUAUUGUGAAAAAGCCUGAAGACUAUUCAGCUAACUGGAAGAUGCUGAAGGAGAUCAUAACUCAAGAUGAUAAGAAAACAGUAAGAGAUAAAAGUAAAUUUAAGUACAGAAAACCAAAAGGUAAGAUGCAGAAGACAAACGGAACAAAGAGUUCAAGCAAUGAAGUGGAAAAUCAGGAGGCCCCCAUACAGAAAAAGGAAAAGCUAGAAAUCUGGUUUGACAAUGUUGACCCAAUCCUUCUUGAAGAACACGCACCUAGUCAAGGUACAGAAAAGCCAGGCGCCAUGAAGAAUGACAAGAAAUCUGCAAGUAAAACAUUGGUAAAAGAAGACUCAUUUGAAGGUGUAACAAAAUUUGUAGCAAUGGAUUGUGAAAUGGUUGGUGUGGGAAUGAAUGGUAAAGAUUCGAUACUAGCCAGAGUAUCCAUUGUUAACCAACAUGGGAAGGUGUUGUAUGACAAGUUCGUGAAGCCCACUGAGGAAGUGGUGGACUACAGGACUGCAGUCUCUGGGAUCAGGCCGAAGGACUUGGUGGAUGGUCAUGAAUUUUCCAUUGUCCAGAAAGAAGUCUCAGACCUGAUUGAAGGACAUAUCCUUGUGGGUCAUGCAUUACACAAUGACCUGUGCUCAUUGUACCUCAGCCAUCCACGCUCCAACAUUAGAGACACGUCUAAAUAUAAAGGCUUUAAACGUCUGUUUGGAGGCAGAACCCCCAGUCUAAAGAAUUUGGUAGAACGUCUCCUAGGCAUCCAGAUACAGCAAGGGGAACACAAUUCUGUUCAAGACGCUCAAGCAGCCAUGCGCCUCUACACCAUGCAUCGGAGGGAGUGGGAGAAAUCCUUGCCAAAUAAGUACAAAAAAAGACACUUGAUGAAAGGCAUAGCUUUAGUUGGGAAUAAAGAACAGACAUCUGGAGCUUCUUCAGGUAAUUAAGGCUUCUACUGAAAAUUCUAAAUCACAGGAAGAAUAUUAGAAAUCUAGUAAAUAGUAAUAAUUUAUAUUAGUUAUUAUUGAAGUGGUUUUUACAUGACAGAGAUGGUUUAGCUGGUUUUCGUCCACUGAAUGCCACAAAACUAUGGUUCAGUUUUUUUGUAUUUAUUAUUUGUUGCUUAUGAAUAUGCUUGUUAAUGAAAUGAAAUGAAUUCAUAAAGAUUUAUUGUGUAUGUAUUUGGGUGUACUUUUGGUAUAUAUGUAUUUCUUGUUAUUUUUAAAAUAAAAAGGAAAUUUGGAUAAAUGCUAAAAACUUCAUUAAUAAAAGGACUGAAAAUAAAAAA